GCCCCUGGGGGCCGGCGCAUCCCGGGACCGGCAGCGGGGCCGGGAUCCAGGGGAUCGGGGCCGGCAUCCAGGGGAGCGGCUGCGCUCGGUGCGGCCCCAGCACGGCCCGGCCGCUCCGGCCCCGUCAGCUCCACGCCCAUGGAGGGACGCGGCACGGCUCGCCACAGCAAAGGUCUAUUCUCAAAUAUCUGGCUGUGGCGAGCUGUUGCUGGGGUCCUUACUGCUGCUGUCAUUUUGAUUUCAUGUAUUCAAUUUGUAAACCCUUCUCUGGCCAAAGACCUUCCUGUGUGCCUUCCCCGGGAGCUGUGUCCAUCAGGCUGGCUGUACUUCCAGAGGAAGUGUUACUACCUCUCAGAGAGUGAAGCUGCCUGGAACUCCAGCCAGAGCCACUGCUCUUUCCACAAUGCUUCCCUCCUGGUCAUUGAAAAUCAUCAGGAGCUGAGGUUUAUGAUGAAGAUAACAAAGCAAGACCCAUGGAUUGGACUCUAUAAAAGAAAUGAGGAGUUCUUUUGGGUAAAUGGAAAAGCAUUAGACAAUGAACUGUUUGAAGUAAAAGGCUCUGGAAGCUGUGCCUAUCUGGAAUCCAAAGGAGUCUCAGUCUCAGGAUGUUAUUUAACCAGGAAAUGGGUCUGUAGCCUGAAUAUCGACUCAGCACAAUAAAGGUGGACAAAGCCACCACCCCUGACACUCAGAGCUCUGCUAUGCCUGCACAGGCUAUGUCUAUACUUUGGGACCUGGGAAUGUGUCCCAGCUCCUACCUGCAGGUGAAUGACUUUUCUUGGUAGCCAGAAUUCUCCACCCAAGGAGGAAGGCUUUAAAGAUACCAUUUAAAAUGCUCUCUUCAGCAACUUGAUAAGUCAUUUCCUUGCCCCAUUUUUCUAGCUAUUUCCCAACUGUAGCUUCUUUUUGUUAUGCCAUCAGUGUUUUUUCAAUUUACUCUUCUCUUGUAGGAGCAGCUGCUCUUUCUUUCCCUUUUGGGUGUGCAGUUGGAGGUUUUUGUUCUGCUUUUCCUUUUGCCAGGCUCUGUGUGCAGGGAUGGGUGGUGAAAUGGGUCUGUCUGGAGGGCUGCCAGUGCCUCGUGGAUACAGGGCAAUGCAGAAGUGAACACUGUUGUUUCAGACAGGAUCACAGCAAAUUCCUCUCUUUCCAUUUGAUGGGAUGCACCUUGCAUCGUAUUCCAUGUUUUGUCAAUGUUAUAUUACUUUAAUUUUGUUAAAUCCUGGUGAUAACACUGUCAAGCUGACUUGUGUAGCUGCACUGCAUCUGAAGUUAUUCUCACAGCACUUUCUUUAGCCAAAAGAAGCUCACAAUAGAUAAGAAUGUUUAUUUACCUGAGCAUCUGCACUGAUGGUGGGGGCAGAAGUGUUGGAAGAGUGACACUGAAGCCACAGGCAUUAAUGUGUAAAGGUAGAAAUAAUCAUUGGUGCAAGGAGGCAAAAUCAGUAGAAGGGAAUGAGAGAAUUAACAUCAAAGGAUGUUUCUCUUUGUUUUCCUCAUGCCCUGUGCCUGUCAUGGUGUGAGGCUUCUGAGCAAGGGGGGCAUUUCCAGAUGGACAGUCAGUGUUUCCUUGUGUGGGUCGCAUUUUCAGCAGCAGCCUCCAGUGCUCUUGGAUUGCUGGGAGCCUGAACAGAAUUAGGGCACAAACCCUCUGAUUGUCUGAGUCCCACGCAUGUCUAGCAGGUUAUCCAAAGAUUAAAAGUGUCAUUUGACCCAGAGGAAGCAAAUUUUCCUGGGAGGAAUAUAACUAUCAAGUUUCUAGAGAAGGAAGAAUGGGAAGUUCACCUUUAUUUUCUGUGGCAGAAGGACUUGACUGUAGCAGGACCAUGCACAUGGAUACACAAGACACACUGUCAGCAACUUGUGACUUUCAGAUGUUUAUUUAAAUAUAAUCACUAAUUUUACUGGAUUACACUUUUCUUAAUUGCUUGUAUUCUUUAUAGGCACAGUAACAGUACUCUACAGUAUGAAAAGUCUGAUUAAGUAUUAAUUUAUAUGUUGGGGGAAGAGUGUUAUACUGCAAUGUUUUUAAAUUAACCUGAUUCUGAAGGAUAUGGUAUGUGCAAUAGUCCUGAAAAGAUACUUAAUAAAU